UUCCUGCACACGGGCAGAAGCAGGCUAUGCGCAAAGGGACACUAGAUAGACCGACAGGCAGGCAGACAGACAGACAGACAGACAGAACAGUUCCAACAAAAUAGAUUGUAUAUGGGACAAGGACAAAUUACUGGGGACAGAAUUAUAAAGAGCUGCUUCAGAUCUUCCUUCCGGGAGAGCUACUGGAUCUGCACUGCUGACCUGAAAUCUGCUCCCACCCUGCAAGAUGAUUGGUGAUGAAUAUCUGAUCGAGUGCAAAUUGGACCCAGAAGGCCCCCAUCUACAGGAGCCAGGAUCGACUCCACUCCUGCCAUCCAUAGUUGACAUACCACCCAAAGGGGAUGCCCGGGACCCACGUGGGAUCAACCAGCACCUUAAGCUGGAAUUUUCCGACAUACUUGCCGAACCGUCCUCGUUCCGCAGUUUCGACCGGGUUUGGACCUGGAGCGACAUCGUCUUCGAGAGCUCGCGCCUCUGGUGCUACAGGAUCAUCUCACUGUUGUGUGCCGUGCCCGUCUCCCUACUCUCGGGCUUCCUAUUUGCCUGCCUCGGUUGCCUGCAUAUUUGGUGUGUGAUGCCCUGUAUUCAGUUGUGCACCAUGGCGAUGCCACCUAUCCGCACCCUCUGGGCCAGCGCCCUGGAAGUUGUGGUGGGGCCCCUGUGCACCAGCCUGGGGCGCUGCUGCAGCUCCAUCUACCUCACUAUCACCCAGAAGUAACGCCUACACUGCAAGGACCUACACCGCAAGGACUCUUCCCUGCCCGCUCUCUUCUGACGGAUCCAGCAUUGAUGCUCAGUUCCACUCAAGACAACAGAACCAACGAGGACUGUGAACUUUGGGCUUGGAAGGCGAAAUUGGGGCAGGGAAGCAGGUUGGAGGGGAAGCAAGAAGCAGACCUUUGAGAAGGUGGGCUAUUCCACAUGGAUUUCUUUUCCAGGAAGAUACAUCUUUAGCGUGCGGCUCCCGAAUUCCCUUUCCGCGUGGGACCUGGGAAGCCAGAAGAUCUGGGCUCGACUCCAAAUUGCCGAAAAUUCUACUUAAUUCUUCCCCAAGUUAAUAUUUCAAAUCAUCUCGUGCUCUUCCCUCUCUACAUGCAAACAACCGGGGAGAUGGGGAGACUGGGAUUAAACUCUCCGAAGCAGCAAUUUCUGGGCAGUGUUGUGGGGUUUCCGGGCAGUACGGCUGUGGUCCAGUAGCAUUUUCUCCUGAUGUUUCGCCUGCCUCUGAGGCUGGCAUCUUCAGCCGUGAUUCCAGCCGUGAAAGCGUUCGACAAUACAAUUUCUGGGUAGUAGAGGAGUCAAGAGUAAAUGGGAGAGUUCUACACUCAGUGCUGGGCUUUGGGUGAAGAGGUCCCCCCUUCUACACUUCCCUCCGAUCCUUCUCUUAGACGACAUUACGUAAUACUCAUCCUCCGCCUUCUAAUAAACCUACAGAAAUUAUCUUGA